AUGUACAUCAAGGAGGUGACAAUUCGCGGUUUCCGCACAUACCGCCAUUCGACGACUAUCCGGUUUUCUCCCGGCUAUAACUGCAUUGUCGGGACCAAUGGCAGUGGAAAGUCGAACGUUUUGCUCGCGAUUGCCUUCGCGCUAGGCGAGGGCGGCCAUUCCUCGGCGGAGAGGCGCAUGCUCUUGCACGAAGGAGUAAACGAACGCGUUCCGGAUGGUUCUGUGGAAGUCCUGCUCUCCAACGCGGAUCGACGGCUCUGUAUGUACGAUGCCGACGAGGUACAGAUUCGCCGGGUCUUCAGCGCCACAACGGACGACAGCUUCGUCCAGGGCAAACGCGUCAGCAAGUCUGGUCUCCAGCAGCUGCUGGAGUGCGCCGGCUUUGCGCGAGGUCGCGCUGGCCCCGCCGCAUCGAUCGCCUCGACGUCAACUGCCUAUUUCAUUCAACAAGGGCGGAUCGUCCAAAUCGCGCUUCAGUCCGCAGCGGAGCGACUCGCGCUGAUUCAGCACGUCGCCGGGGGGGCGUCGUUCGACACAAAAACGCGGGAAAUCGAGACGCUCAUUCGCGUGGGCGCGACGGAGGCUGGACGCAUCGAGACGCAGGUGAAGGAAAUCGGCGAGAAACUCGCGGAGAUGGCGAGUGAAAGGCGAGAGCUCAAGGAGUGCGUCCACCUCGAGGAGCAGAAAGAGAAAAUCGACUAUGUUCUCGCUGAAGUGGCGUGGCGCGAAGCCUCGAGCUGUCUGGAGACGCAUGCGCGGUCGUGCGCGGAGCAGAUGACGCGGAUUGAAGCUCUCGAGGAGCGCUUGGAAGGCGCUGAGAGUCUCCGGGAAGAGCUGGAGAAGCAACACGAACUGCUGAAGACGCAACUCGCCCGGCAAGCAGCUGUGCGCGACGAGGCGGCGAAUGCGCAAACGGAACUGCGUGCGGAAGAAGAGAAGCUGAGGCUUGAAGUGGACUUGUGGGAGAAGAAGGAAGGCGCAGCGGCGAAAGGCGACGGGGAGCGCGAGGAGCAGCUCCAGCAACUGACGGCGCAGCUGCAAGUCGCGGAAACCAAGCUCACAGACGAACUUCGCCCGUCUCUCGAGGCGACCCAGAAAAAGUAUCAAGAGACCCAAGAGCGACUCCAAAAGGCGCAGCAGCGGCUGACCACCUUGCAGUGCAGGCGUGGCAUCCUCGCCGCGCGCCUCGGAGGCGAGGCGACUUCAUGCGACGCACGGCGGGAUUCGUCUCGGAAACGCAAACCGACGGGGCCUGCCGGAGGAGCAAAGGAGACGCCGUUCUGUUCCGACGCCGACGUGCAACGCGAGAUCCAGCAGGCCGAACACCUCGGCAAAGAGGAGACAGAAAUGAUCAAAACGUUCAAAGCGAAGAUCGAAGCGUUAACGCACGAGAGAACAGAACUUGAAGCAGAACGCGACGCUUCCCAGCAGGCGCAGGCGAGAGCCGGCCAGGAGCUGAGGGAGACAGAAGCCGCGCAGCGAGAGCUCAGCAAGGCCUUUGAGGAAGCGCUGGAGGAGCUUCGCACGCAGCAGGCUCAGCUGGGCGAGUUGCUUCAGGAGCACACAGUGGCGAAAGACGCUCUGGAGAGUUCGGAAGAUCGCUUUUGGCACCAGUUCCGGACGGAUGUCCGCGAAGGUUUGCAGGCCGCGCUUGCCUUUGCGCGCAGCAGGGGAUGGGCUGGUCGCCCGCCGGAGGAUUCUCCCCAGGAGGCGUCGCACGCCCCCGGCUCUGGGCCUUCGGCUGGGGAGAACAGUGGCGAGGAGACUUCAGCGCUCCCAGUGCCCGCAGGCAUGCUCCUCGAUUUCAUCGACGUCGCCUCGGAGUACCGGCGGGCCGUCGAGGCCGUUGCCGCGCACGCACUGACGGCGUUUGUGGUUCCGGACACGCGCGCCGCCGAGGAGCUUUUGACGUUCUUGAAAAAUCGCAAGACGCGGUCGUGCGCGUCCUCCUUGUUCGGCCGAAGAAGCCGGGAUAACGAAGGGGACGAGCGGCGACGCGAAGAGAAAGGCCUGUCGGACGGAAAACCGAGUGUCAGCAUCACCGUUGUGCCCCUGAAGGAAGUGGCCCAGGUGCAAAGACAGAAAGAAGAACAGGCGCGCAGCAAAGCGCGACGGAAGUGGAUUCGCACACUCGCAGAAGAAGGCAAAUGCAUGCCCGUCGUCGAGUGCGUGGACAUUCAGUUCCCUUCUUCGUCCUCUGCGUCAUGCUCCGACGAUGAACCACGCGGGGAUGGCCCCACCGAGUUGGUGUCGGCUUAUCUUCGGAGUGUCUUGGGACGCGCGGUUUUGGUGCCUUCUCUCGCGGCGACGGACGACGGGCUAGUCCCCAGCCUUCACGACAAAGGCCUCGACUGCGUCACUGUGGAUGGCGACGUCGCGUUUGCCUCUGGAGUCGUCCGAGGCGGCGGCGUCCUGGCGCCUUUCCUUGCGUCGGCUCCAGAAGACAAUCACGGUCGGGACCUGUGGAGCUCUCAGCCUCCUUGUGGGAAACUCCAGGCCUAUCGCAAUUUGCGGCAGAGAAAGGACCAGCUCGAACGGCUUGCGCGGCAAAUCGAGGAGAAGCGAAAGCGCGUCGCAGAAGUCGAAGGGCGACAUGAUGCCUUCAUCGAGAGGGAGCAGAUCCUCUGUGAAGCGCGGGCGCGUUGCCACGCGACGCUGGAGGAGGCCGUGGCUAGCAGGCAACAAGCGGAGAGUCGGCUCCGAGCGACACAAGGCCUCCUCGCAGCGGUCGAAGAAGGAGCUCGCCAGGCCUCCCAGCGCGUGCACGGAAUCAAGACUCUGAUUCAAAACCUUCGUCGCGAAAGCGUCUCGCCAGACACUACGUCGGGUCUCUCGGCGGCCGAGGAGCAAGAGGCAGCGCGUUUACCCGCAGAGAUUCGCGCCCUCGAGAAGGAGAUGGCUCUGCUGAAGGACGAGGCCGAACACAAGGAGAGAGCCGUUCGCGAGGCUUCCUCGGAAAUCGACUUCCACCUGAGAAAACAAAUUGAAAGGCUCGAGCGAGAAUCGGCGCGCGGCCGCACGUCGGAGGCUCAGGAAAGACGGAAAGAGGUGGAGGAGCAACUGGCGGCAGUCAGUCGGCGCAUGCUUCAGGAGGAAGAAGUUGGCCGCAAGUGUGGGCGCCGCCUGCGUAUUCUUGAGGAAGAGCUCGAAGAGAAGGAAGGCGAGCUGACGCUGGCAGAGAAGCAACGCCAGGGCAUAGUCGCGCAGAUCGACGACGCCCUCAAGAGUCUCCAAAUGAGCAAGCGCGCGGCGGAAAGUGCCCAACGAGCAAAAGACGACGCUGAAGCACUCUUGGCCACAACCGGCGCGGCGGCGGCCGCGGCGCCUGACGUCGCGGACUUACGACUGGUCUCUUCUCGCGAAUUGACGUCCAAGCUCAGUGCCGUCAAAAAAAAACUCGAGGCGUAUUCACACGUGAAUCGGCGGGCCGUCGACCAGUUCGCGAACCUCCAAGAUGACUUCACGGCUCUCCAGCAGCGAGAGAGUCGACAGCGCGACACUCAAGACGCCAUCCGCGAGCAGUUGCAUAUCUUGGUCCGGCGGAAGAAGAAGGCAGUUCUUGCUUCCUUCCACCGCGUGAAUGAAGAGUUUCAGAAGAUCUUCUCGACGCUGGUCCCGGGCGGUCGGGCGGAAAUGGUGAGCCUCUGCGUUCUGCCUCCCGGUGUCGGUAUUUUGCCUCAGAUUCUCCAGCAUGCGCUGUUGCCCGACAGCAACAGCGGAUGCUUCGAAGACGAUGCCACCAGUAGGAAGGCCAGGGACGAGAAGAACGGACAGGCUGUGGGGGCGCCGAGCCGCGCGCGCCGGAGCGCAGAUUCGCAAGGCGGCGAAGGCAACCGACAAGCGAGAGGCGGCAGAGAGAGCGGAGACGAGGUGGAGAGCUCGAAGGCGCGGAAAGGCGAGGACGAAAGGCAAGACGACGAGGCAGGCUCUUCGCUCAUUGGCGUGGACAUUCGAGCGGCUUUCUCCGACGCGGGAGUCCUGGCUGCCUCGUCGACGCGCAGCGACCUUGACGCGAAAGGGAAGCGCCGUCUCGCGCAUGAGAACGGAGACGGAAGAAGGGAGAAAGACGGCAGAACUCACGGCGUGAACCAACUCUCAGGCGGUCAGAAGUCGCUUGUCUCCCUCGCGCUCCUCCUGGCUCUCCAGCGCGUCUCGUGCUGCCUGUCGACCUCCACGUCUUCCGACGCGUCUGAUGAAGACAUCAAGGAGACGCCGGGGGGUGUCCUUCUCCUCGACGAAGUCGACGCCGCCCUGGACGAGAGUCACCGACGCGCGGCUGCCCAGGCGCUGGCCCAGACCGCUCGUCGGAGGAUUUCCCAGGUUAUUCUCACCACCUUCAGGCCUGAACUGCUUUCUCCUGCGGACUCCCUCUUCCACAUCAGUCAAGAGAACCGCGUUUCGUACGUCGAAGAAAUUGACUUGAGGGCUGCGAUGGAAAUCCUGCAAGAGCACCAGGGAGAGGAGAUGGCCUUGCACGACGACGCGAGGAGCCGGAUGGACAGAGAAAACGCAAGACUGCGCGGCCCGCCUCUAGCGUUUCCGGCGCUCCCAGCGCACUAA